AUGCUAACCCUAGCCUCCUCCGACCGUCGCAUCCCCCUUCGCCUUCACUCUACACGCGGCACACGGCGAGUCGGCGACUCAGCCUCUCCCCUCCGAUUCUCGGACCUCCGCCAACCCCUCCGCCUCCCGCCUCGGUCUCUGGCGUCGGCCUUCAAGAACUGUCUCCAGCCUCCGCCUCCAACCUCUGCGUCCGGGCUCCGCCUCCAGCCUUCGGCCUCCGUCGGCCUCUGCCUCCGAGCAAAAAGAAUUGAAUUAGAAUUGGCGCUGUUAGUAAGGGAUGAUAUAACAUUCAAGGACCCGUUGAACACAUUUUCCGGCAUCUCAAACUACAAACUAAUAUUCUGGGCAUUAAGAUUUCACGGGAAAAUCUUAUUCCGAGAUAUAUCUCUCGACGUGCUACGAGUCUGGCAGCCAUCCGAGACAAUAAUUCUAAUUCGAUGGAACCUAACUGGAGUCCCCAGGGUUCCGUGGGAAGCAAAAGGCCAAUUUCAAGGCACGUCGAGGUACAAACUGGACAGACACGGAAAAAUUUACGAGCACAAAGUCGAUAACUUGGCGUUCAAUUUUCCACAGAGAUUGAAGCCCGCAGCUUCUGUUUUGGACUUGGUGGCCGCUUGCCCUGCCAGCCCAAAUCCGACAUUCUUGUGGGGCCCGGUUGAAAGCCCGUCUUGUUCGUGGGUGGAGUUGUAUCGGGCCGUGAAGGAGACGUUGGACCGGGAAGGUUCGAUGAUUCAUCAUAAUUGCUUGGCGACGUGUUCCUAA